AUGGGAGAAGCCUCAAGAAAAAAGAUCGUUGCCGCUUUUACUGGCGCAACUGGUGCUGUAGGCAUCCACAUUUCCUCAACACUUCGACAUUUGAACGUUGAAACACAUCUCAUCAUCAGCAAAUGGGCCGCUGAAACCAUCAAAUACGAAACAGACUACACAUCAACUGCCGUUAGAGCGCUAGAAGAUCAUGUCUACAACCCAAGCGAUCUAGCUGCACCCAUCGCUAGCGGCUCCUUUCAUGUUGACGGCAUGAUUGUUGCCCCUUGUUCAGUCGAGACACUAGCUGCUAUUAAUGCUGGUAUCUGCGAUGAUCUCAUCUCUCGGACUGCAGAUGUCCGUCUAAAGUAA